AUGAACAAACUUUAUAUGAAGAAGCAACAAAUAAGAAUUGCAUGCUGGAAUAUAAAAACACUUUAUUCGAAAGACCAUGAACUAAUUCCCCGAACUCAACGAACAUGUACAGACAUAUGUCUACCUUCCGAAACCAAAAAGAAAGGUAAAGGAACAACAAAACUAAAUAACUACAUUUUAAUAUACUCAGGCGUACCAAAAGACCAAAGAGCAACAUCAGGCGUUGGAGUAGCUAUAAACGAUAAAAAUGAACAGAAUAUAGAAAGCAUAGAAUACGUGUGCGACAGAAUCCUGAGAGUAAAGAUUAUGUCUGACCAACCCAUUCACAUUAUAUCAGUGUACGCAACCGACAUUAAUAAACCUGAAGAAAUGUCAAUGGACUUCUACGAAAAUCUACAGUCAGUGAUAGACAAAAUACCAAGACAUGAAAAGAUAAUUCUGUUAGGGGAUUUAAACGCAAGAAUUGGAAACGAGGUAGUGGAUGGUGGAAUAAAACAAAAUAUAACGAGAAUAUAA